AAAUUUUAAAGCGACUUAGAAGAUAAAAUGAGUCAUUGUUCAACUGGUUCGGUCCGGUUAAAUAAAAACUAAUUUUAUUAUUAUUUGAAAAUAAUUAAAAAUCUUGCCUUUUUUCUUUUCUCACUCUCUCUCUGAGUGUUCACACUGUAAGUUGAUCUUCAUCUUGAAACUUUGAAUCGCGUAAUGAUGAUCAAGCAAGUUAAGUAGCCUAGCUUACUACUACUACUACUCCACCGGAGAGAUCUGGCCCUCCGUCUCAUUAACGAUGAUCACCGACGCCGUGAAUCCUCUCUCCGCAUCCGACCACAAAAGGUGGCUUGUGUUACAGCGCCAUGGUUUCUUUCCAUCUUCAUCAAUAUGCUUCCAUGGGAAAGUGGUUUUGGGAACACCACCAACAAAGGGAAGAAAUAUAUCAAAUGCAUUCAAUACUGUCCCAGUCUCCGUUCUCGAUACAUUGGUCCACCCGUUCUUUGAUGAGCUUAGAGAUCCCCUAAUGCACGUUUCUUUCCUUCCACCACUAUUCAACUUCAAGCCUCAUGAGCUUAAAGGUGUGCGCGUGCCCGUGGAGAUAAUGGCUAAGUUAGUACCUGAACAUGCAGAGGAAGCAGGGUCCAUGGCUCGGUUUGUGAUUUUAUCUGCUGUUAACUUGAUUUUCUUUUCUCUUGGGCUUUGAACAUUCUCAUAUUACUAUUAUUACAUUAUGAAUAUUGUAUAUUUCUUUUGUUAUCAUACAAUUAGUACCCAAUUAGCUCC